CUUUCAGACCUGAUUGUCAGCGGAGCUGAACCUGUCAGAGAUGGGUUGUGUGUCUGGAGAGAGAGAGACAGACAGCAGCAUGCUGUGUGAGAGGAUCCAUUGGAUUGUGUACCUGCUGGGGGACCCAUUCUUUCUAAGGGACAAUGUUACACAGAAAAAUUCCAAAGAGCAGUUUGAAUCUGCACAGAAGGUUGAGCAGGAAGACAGAAAGUAUUUCACAGCUGUAAUUCAAGGAGGUGCGCUGGUCAACAUUUGCACUCAGAUCCUGGUUGAUUUAGAACAAGAACAAAACAAAGCCCUGUGGAUCCCAGCCAAUGCAUUGUGAGGUGUCAGUUUUAUUCCUCAUAUGAAAAAUUAAUAAAUCAUCUAGCACAUA